AUGGCGCCAAGGAAGAAUGUGGGCGGUCCCAAAGGAAAGGGACCUGCCAAGAAGACGUCGGCAAAACGUCCCCUCCCUCCCAACGAAUCAUCAUCGGGGGAGGAUGACGUUUCUGCUGAAGACUUAAAUGCCUUGAUGGCCAGAAUGGAAAAAUUUGAACGGGAGAGAGGGUUGUCAACAAGGGAGGCGGGGCCGCGCCCGGCACGACGGGCGAGCAGGAAGCUGAUUUUUAAAAAUCUUCUCUCCCGUAUGUCUGUUUUAGAGGCCAGCUGUGCAGCGGUGAGGCGGGAUGGAGAAGGGYCGGAACAACCAGAGCCCAGCCAWGAAGAACAGGGUCCCACUGCCCCGUUGGUUGGGCAACCUCAAGCGGCCCGGGGUCAGGCGGCGGCGGACCAGUUAGCACCAUCAGCACUGACUGACGCUGCGCCGGCGAUAUCCCGGCCUCAGCUGGAGAUUCCAGAAGUCCGGCCUGAGACGAUUGCAACAUCAUCGGCCGCCGCCCCGGCUUAUCCGGUCCGAGCAUCUUCCUCGGCGGCACCGGCCGUUUCAGGGUCGGUGUCAGUGGGACAGCCUUCCGUACAAGACAGUGUUGUAGACGGGCCGUCGACAUCAUCAGAUGGAGCGAUUCAGGCAACUGGCACCCGACGCGGACGUGGACCCAGAGCGCAUGCCGGACCAUCUCUGGAAGGUUGGAGUGACGAGACGGCGUUAGGUAUGAGUUUGGCUCUCGCACCCAGCUCCAGAAAAUCAUACAUCAGGGCAGUCCAAGAAUUUCUAGAUUUUAGACAACAAUAUAACCUGCCGGGAGCCAUGCCUGUCCCUUACGAGCAGCUGGCUCAGUUUUGUGUAUACAAUAAGAGGAGAGGCUUAGCACCCCAGUCCAUUAGAGCGAAGUUAUCAGCGCUCGCUUAUUGGUUCAAGGCCCAGGGCCUUAGCGACCCCACUGAUGACUUUAGGAUACACAAAUUCUUAACGGGAUGGUCCAGGCAGCGCGGGCAUCCCAGGGAUGAACGGCAGCCAAUGACACCCGCUAUUAUGAAAGGACUUAAACAGCUAUGGCCCAGAUUGUGCACCUCACUUUAUGAGCAGGUUUUAUUUCAUGCCGCGGCUUUGACUGCGUUUUUUGGAGCUCUCCGGGUGAGUGAAUUGGUAGCAUUAUCCAAGAGCGAUACCUCACGCCGUGCAUUGUUGAUUUCCGACAUUAAGGUUCUUCACGAUAACAUUGAAAUCAUUAUCAGAGCUUCCAAAACUGACCAAGAAUCUAAGGGCCAGGUGUUCAGGCUGCUAAAGUGCAGUGAGGAGGACCUUUGCCCCGUGAAGGCCAUGACACAAUUUACGGCGCUCAGGGGCAGUGAGAAAGGUUACCUUUUCUCCCAUCAGGAUGGCAAGCCGCUGACCAAGUACCAAUUCUGGACCAUCACAACUAAGGCGCUGGUCAUGCUGGGAUUGGGUCACCUUAAAUUUGGGACCCACUCCUUUAGGAUUGGUGCUGCCACAGCAGCAGCUGAGAUGGGGUAUGGCGAUGAUGAGAUAAAAGCCAUAGGUAGAUGGAGGUCUGGCGCGUUCAGAGGCUACGUACGGUCAGUUUCAUCCUAGAUGUGGUUAUCGUUGCAGGUCUCUCCAGGCUGGCACAUAGAAGACGGGUCCUGGUCUGCGGACACAGUUAUGUCUUUUGGGCAGGGAGAGAGGCCCUCAGGACUGCCUAUGGCCAGCAUUUGGGGCUCGCUUCCACGGCAGCGGUGGAAUGGAGAGGAAGGAGAGGCCUGCGUUGGGACGGUUUGUGCCCCUUGUUGUUUAAUGCCGGGAGUGUUUUGCCUCCCGAUGUGUUGGUUAUCCACCUCGGUGGUAACGAUUUGGGCCUGUUAACAGGCAAAGCCCUCUUUUUACAAGCAAGGGCAGACAUCCGUAAAAUUUGGUGGACAUGGCCCGGGGUGCACAUCGUUUGGUCCGCUAUCAUACCUCGUCGCAGAUGGCUCGGAGGAGGCGACGUGGGGAGGCUCGAAAAAGCCAGGAAGCGAGUGAACCGGGCCAUGCGGAUAUUCAUGAUCCAUCAGAGGGGUCAUGUUAUCUCACAUCCAAAUAUCACACGGGAUGAUGAGAGGUUAUAUCGUAGUGAUGGAGUGCACCUAUCUGAAUUGGGCAACCAACUAUUUUUGCAAAAUUUGCAAGAAGGUAUCAGAAGGGUGUUAGAGGAAUUGGUGGGGGAUAGGGGCGAAAUAGACAUUUGCCCCUAAUCCGUGGCGUAAAUAGAUAGAAAAUUCCCUUUAGUCGGUGUGCACCUAGGGCACCCCUUUAAGGGGUGAAAGGCCGUUAAGUUAAACACUCGCCUCCAGUUUAAAGGGGGACGUGUAGUUAAAUGGCCUUUAAUUGGAAGGAGUCUCGAUACAAGAGUUCUGGAAGAGACUCCUUAUUCCUUUCCCUUGAGGGUAGUACGGUUUGAUUACCGGAACCCAGGUGCUUCGCCCGGAAGUUGUUGUUAUCGGGUAGAGACUCUACCUGGGUUAGGUUGCAUCAGUUCCUUACACCCUUGAGUUAGUUCAGAACUUAAAUAGGUAACGUUAAAUAAAAGUUGCCCAAUUUGAAUCCAAACAUUGUUGUUGUGUCUUUAUUUCUGGUGUUACUUCGUGGGUUGGCGGACAAUAGUUUUCCCCUCCCCAUGAAAUGGGGAGAGAGGAAAAACAUUUGUCUGCCUCACACGAGGCAGGGAGGAGUUCGGAGGAACCCUCCAGAACAUCCGGGGGGCGUGGCCUGAGAACGCAGGCCAGCCCCUCUCAGGCUCAUUCCAGCCUGGAAGUUGGCCCACCGCUCCCGCCCAUUAACAGUAUAUCACGGUUGCCUGUGGAACCGGGUAGGAAUUUUUUCCUCUUCUUGUUUCAUGGGGGAGGUUUUUUGCCUACCCUAUACUGUUUAGGGGCUAGAUGGAGUUGGUCGGCUAUGCUUAAAUAGGCCAGGCGUAAAUAGAUAGAAAAUUCCCUUUAGUCGGUGUGCACCUAGGGCACCCCUUUAAGGGGUGAAAGGCCGUUAAGUUAAACACUCGCCUCCAGUUUAAAGGGGGACGUGUAGUUAAAUGGCCUUUAAUUGGAAGGAGUCUCGAUACAAGAGUUCUGGAAGAGACUCCUUAUUCCUUUCCCUUGAGGGUAGUACGGUUUGAUUACCGGAACCCAGGUGCUUCGCCCGGAAGUUGUUGUUAUCGGGUAGAGACUCUACCUGGGUUAGGUUGCAUCAGUUCCUUACACCCUUGAGUUAGUUCAGAACUUAAAUAGGUAACGUUAAAUAAAAGUUGCCCAAUUUGAAUCCAAA